AUGCAUCUCGUUGUGAGGAACACGAUACUCAUUGGGCUCGCUGCGCUUGGAUAUGUCGCACUCUGGAAGUUUGCAAGCGACAAUGGCACUUUCGCGUUGAUGCGAGCCGUGUCAUUGCGAAACCGUCUACCAGGAACCGGCGAGGAAUACGCCACGGAAUUCACACGAUGGCGCUGGCUCGAUGAAUUUUUGCGAAGCUUAGUUACGAUCUUCUGGCCGAUGGUCAAUGGCACCCGACCAGGCUCAUCAUUGAUGUGCUUCUACUUUGCUGGUCAAGGUAUUGUCGCGUGGAUCUUGACAGCUCUUGAGGGACAACGUCGACCGAACAAAGAGAAUUGGACAGUCAUCUCCUUGACCACUGCAUACGGCUUGCUGUUUCAAGGACUCGGAAUUGGGAUUGUAGGACCACUCUUUCUUGCCUUUUCUCCUCUCGGAGACCGAGCGACAAGUUGUGUUGCUGUGCACCACAAGACAGAUGUAGAUGCCAUGAUACCUGCAACAAUUGGCGGAAUCAUCAUUCCAACAGUUCUGAUGUCGCUUCAUGCACCGACGACUGUUUCUUUUGAACAAAAGGUUGAUUUUGUCCGUCUGUGGCAGUUCUUUCCUUUAUUGUUCCGCUUAGGCCAGCGCGUAUGGACAAGCCUUGUUUUCGUCCGCCUCGACUCUUACAGAGAUGAGCUCGCAGAGAAGAGCCCACGAAUGCAGAGACGAGCAUUCUGCCGGGUCUACAUCUUCGGUCUCUGCUGUGCGGCCAUAACUCACAACGGCACCCUUGUUGUUUCAGCGAUAAGUCUACUGUUUCCCACAUUUUUUACAAAGGACAUUUCGGCACAGUUUCAUCCGACCAACCUUUUUGUUCCCGUUUCGCCGUUCUCUGGAAGGCAGGCAAGCACGGUGGGAGAAGGUGCUCAUUGGUUCUUGCAGUGGGAUAUGACAAUCAUGUUUCUCACCUACUUGGUUUGGGCAUACUUUGCAGCUGUCAAGGUAAUCUAUCCCAAUUCCAGACUACUCUCAGCUCCGUUGAUACUACGUCUUGCUGGCUGGUGCUUACUUUUUGGUCCUAUGGGUGCCGCCAUGCUCGCAAUUUGGGAAAGAGAUGAUACUAUCUUUGAAGUGGAAGAGCAGAAGGUCAAGUCUCGGAAACUUUCGGCGGAAGAGCUGGCGUCUCUCGCACAGGCUGAAGGCAAGAAGGAAUGA